AUGAAGCAAAACGUACUUCAAUAUUUGUUGUAUGAUGGAAUGAAUACGGAAGGCCAGUUAUUUAGGAUUAAAAAAAAUGAUGUGGUUCAUUUCGUUUUGGACGUGUCUCUGAUUGGUUGCAAUGUCCGGUUUUUUAUUAAUUAUCCUGAUUCCGGAGUUCCAUUCCAGCGGUUGCAAUAUCGAGAGCUGCCUUUGAAUAACCCAACUCUUACUGGCAAACAAUCGGAUUGUUUUGAUAAUUUUUUCGAGUUAAAGAAAAUAAGUGUUUGCGGAUCUUUUCACUUUUACUUUUCAAAAGAUGGAUCUUCUCCCGGCCCUCCAUCAACCGCAACAUGUCUGAAAGGGAAUAUAGCUGGCUCAGGAUAUAUUAUCGUUGAUCCAGAUUUCACUGGUAAAAAGGUUGCCACGGAGCCCUCCAAAAAUAGCUGUGGGAAAAAUUGGGAUUUAAGUGGCGUGGUUCUUCAGUCUUAUUUGUCCAAGAACCUUGGAAUAUUCCCUGAAUGGGAAUCAAGACUUUAUACAGCCAGGAAUGGUGGUUAUAAUAUGAUUCAUUUUACUCCUCUUCAAGAGCUUGGCUAUUCUCGUUCUGCUUACUCUCUCAAAGAUCAACUCACAGUCAAUCCUAGCUUUACUCCACCUGGGGCAACGAAGAAGGUGGACUGGACAGAUAUUGAAUGCUUUAUCAAACAUUUGGAAAAUAAUUGGGCAGUACUUAGUAUGACCGACUUAGUUUUCAAUCAUACUUCAAAUGAUAGCCCCUGGAUUCACGAACAUCCUGAAUGCGCUUACAACGUUGUUAAUUCUCCUCAUUUAGCUCCAGCGUAUAUUCUGGAUCAUAUUGUCUGGCGUUUAACAGUAGAAGCCAGUACUGGAUCACUUGCAAGUUAUGGUAUCCCAGCAAUCUUAAACAAUCCAGAUAGUGAGCUUCCAGCUAUAGAAGUUUGGUUGACCCAGAAGAUAGAAGCAGCGAAGUUAUAUGAGUUUUUCUUAGCAGAUGUUGAUAUAGUAUCAAAAGAAUUCAUUUCUUGGUUAAGAAAACAUGCAACAUUUCCUUCAUUCAUUUCCCCGAAUGAAACUAACUUGUCGCUGAAAAUUGACGGGGCCAGAAAAGGAAGACGAUUUGGGGCUACUGUUGAUUUUUCAGUAGCAUGUCAUGAAAUUGUCGGUAAAAAUGAGAAUGAACUUCCCCUUUCUGAAAGUGAGGCUGAAGCUGCUGGUGAAAAGUUACGAGUCAGGUUAAUAUCUCUAAAUUAUGACCAAGUUAAUGAAAUUAAGCAUCAUUUGCAAGCUGCUGUAGGAAAUGUUUUGGCCAAUGCUCGCUAUCGAUUUUACGAUCCUCAUGGACUUAAGCUUAAGCAAGUUACGUUAGAUACACCAAUUAUGUGGGCGUACUUUUAUCAUCCAGUCCCUGACGUAGAAACCAUUGAAGAAGCUGAAGCAAUUUUGGAGACCAAAGAUGCCGCAAAAAUUAUGGCUUUUAAUGGAUGGGUGAUGAAUGAUGAUCCUUUGAAAAACUUUGCAGAACCUAGCUCAUUUGUAUACUUACGCCGUGAACUUAUAGUCUGGGGUGACUCAGUAAAGUUACGUUAUGGUGACAAACCGGAAGACAGUCCAUAUCUUUGGGAUAGAAUGACUAAAUAUACGGAACUAACUGCAAAAAUAUUUCAUGCAGUACGAUUGGAUAACUGUCAUAGUACACCUCUUCACGUCGCACAAUAUAUGAUUGAUAAGGCUAGAGCUAUACGACCUAAUUUGUAUGUGGUUGCAGAAUUAUUCACUGGAGGCGAAUAUGUUGAUAACAUUUUCAUCAAUAAAUUAGGUCUUAGCUCUUUAAUACGAGAAUCCCUAUCAGCUUGUGACUGUCAUGAUUUAGGUCGACAAGUUCAUCGAUAUGGUGCAUCCCGACCUGCUGGAGCAUUUUUUGAACGAGCCAGUGCACGUCGUCUAUAUCCGAGUGUAUCACAUGCUGUCUUCUAUGAUCAAACUCAUGAUAAUCCAAGUGUAUUGGAGAAACAUUCUGUUUUUAAUUAUCUGCCUUUAUCUGCAGUUGGAUCGUUUGCUUGUUGUGCAAUUGGUAGUACACGUGGUUAUGAUGAAUUAGUCCCACAUUAUAUUGAUGUAGUUAAAGAGGAACGUUUCUAUUCGCGAUGGCCUGACCAAGUCAAUUAUAAUAUUGGUAUAAUUAAGCCAAAAUCUAUUUUAAAUGAACUGCAUAGUUGGUUAUCAUCUGAAGGAUUUUCUGAAACAUUUGUAGACCAAAUUACACCAAAUGUAUUAGGUGUGACACGUUUUUGUCCAGAAACUCGUGAAGCUGUCCUAUUGAUAACACAUACAGCUUUUCAUGAUCCUGGACCUAAUCCACACCAUUCAGAUUUCAUCCAAUUCGGGGAUUAUCCACCACAGAAAGAUUUUAAAAAGAAUCCACAGUAUAUAAAUGGUUUAAUGUGUAUGAAUUACUCAAUUUUACAAAAUGUACCAGCCACUGAAAGUAAAACAUUUCGCGUAGAAAGUUACUCAGAUGAACAUGGUGUUAUGGUGGAUAGUUUAAUAUUUUACAAUUUCCCACCGGGAUCAGUUGUAAUUGUUUCAAUUAAAUUAGAUGAUAGCCAACUACAAGCCAUUGCUGAUUUACAUAAUUUCAUGUCCCAACAGUUUGAUUGCCGUUUAUAUGAACCUCGAACAAGUCAAGCUAUGGGUAAAGGUGAAAAUGCCUAUAUUCCUUUAAGUUUACCAUCAGGAAACAAUUCGUUACUAAAGCCGAAUUCGAUCAGAGUUCUUUUAGGCAAUAUGAAUUUAUUGGAACUAAACAAAUUACUCUUCAGAUGUUCUGCUGAAGAAUUAGCUGAUGGAUGUAACUUUAAUUCGUAUCAAAUACCUGAUUGGGGUUGGUUGGUUUAUUGUGGGUUUCAAAACAUUUCAAAUGUAUUACAAGGAAUUCGUGAUCGAAACGAUUUAGGUCAUCCAAUUUGUUCACAUCUUCGUCAAGGUGAUUGGUUAGCCCAUUAUUUAACUGAACGUUUGGCAAAACUACCACAUAAUUCUAAUAAACUUAUCACUGAAGCAAUUAUUCAAAUGAGUGAUAUUUUAAAAAUUAUGUAUAAACCUCUGUCAAACAUUCCAAGAUAUUUAGUUCCUGCAUACUUUGAAGCAUUGACUGUUACAUUAACAGAAUUUAUUAAGCUUGAGAUUACAUUACGAUUUGCACCUUGGAUAAGAAGUAGCUCAUCACUUGCGAAAAAUCUAGCAGUAGCUACUACUCAAUUUUACGGUUUUAUUGGAAAUAGUCGUCUUCCUGGACGUGUCAUCCAAUUUAAUAAAGAUUCUCAAAAUCCAGAAAUCGAAGCAAUGUUUUGUAGUUUAGCUGCAGGGUUACCACAUUUUGCCGAAGGGAUGUGGCGUUCUUGGGGAAGGGAUACUUUUAUUUCACUUCGAGGUUGUCUUCUUCUGACAGGACGUUACCAAGAUGCUGCUAACAUUAUUCUCAGUUAUGCUAGUUUAUUAAGACAUGGACUAAUACCAAAUCUUAUAGGAGAUGGUUACACUGUUAAGCCAAGAUACAAUUGUCGUGACGCUGUUUGGUACUGGUUAUAUUCUAUCGUUAUUUACGAACAAUUUAUUUCAAGUACUAAAGAAUGCUGUCUGGAAGGAGAUGAUUCUUCUAGUAUUUUAAAUUAUCCAGUUUAUAGAUGGUUUCCAGAUGAUGAUACAGUUGGUUGGCCGGAUGAAUAUUUGACCAGUUCAUUAUCUAGUCAACGUAUACAACCCUUGCAUGAAACAAUGCAAGAAGCCUUGCAACGACAUAUUAAUGGUAUUGAGUUUAUCGAAAGGAACGCUGGGCCAACUUUAGAUGAACACAUGAAACCGGAAGGAUUUAAGGUUCAGGCCAAUAUUGAUUUAAAUACAGGAUUUCCUCGUGGUGGCAACGCUUUUAACUGUGGCACAUGGAUGGAUAAAAUGGGCAGUUCAUCAAAAGCUGGUAACCGGGGUAUACCUGCUACUCCUCGUGAUGGUUCCGCAGUCGAAUUAGUUGGUUUGGCGUAUGCAGUUGUAUCGUGGUUAGCAGAAUCCCAUAAUCAAGGUCCAAAUUACUCUGGUUAUUAUCCGCAUGCAGGUGUUCAACUGACAUCUGGUAAGGAACUUUCAUGGAAAGAAUGGUCAAAUCUGUUGAAAAAUUCCUUUGAAUCGCACUUUUGGAUUCCGGAAAGCACAAAGGACCCUAACUUGCUUUAUAAUAAAGGAAUUUAUAGAGAUUCUGUUGGUUCGUCUGGAGGAUACACAGAUAAUCAGCUACGCCCCAAUUUCCUUAUAACUAUGGUUGUAGCCCCUGAAUUAUUUACACCCGAACGGGCAUGGAAUGCAUUGGAAAUAGCUCAACAACGAUUAACUGGUCCAUUCGGUAUGUGCACUUUGAGUCGAGAUGAUUUAGCUUAUCGAGGAUAUUAUGAUAACUCAAAUGAUAGCUGUGACUUUUCUAUAGCUCGUGGUUUUAAUUAUCAUCAAGGCCCAGAAUGGUUGUGGCCAACUGGGUAUUAUUUACGCGCUCGUCUUAAAUUCGCUCGCAUGCUAGGCAAAUUCGAUCCUAUACAAUGGGGUCAUCUCACUCUCAACGUAACUACAGAAUGCCAGAAAACAUUUGCCAGACUGAAUCAGAGAAUGGAAUCAAGUGAGUGGUGUUCUCUUCCGGAAUUGACAAAUGCAAAUGGUCAGCUUUGUAAAGAUAGUUGUGAAGCUCAAGCGUGGAGUGUGGGUUGUAUUUUAGAAGCUCUGUAUGAACUUAUUUUCACACAGAACGAAUGA